CUCCACCGUCUCAAUCAUCAUCCCGUAAAAGCCCACCUUAACGGUUCUUUCAAGUUCCUAAUCAUGGCUGCCUCCACCAUGGCUCUGUCUUCCCCAUCCUUUGCCGGUAAGGCCGUACCACUUGCUCCCUCCGCCACUGAGACUGGCCGCAUCUCCAUGAGGAAGACUGUCACCAAGCCUGUCUCCUCUGGAAGCCCGUGGUACGGCCCGGACCGUGUCAAGUACUUGGGUCCAUUCUCUGGUGAGCCCCCAUCCUACUUGACCGGUGAGUUCCCUGGUGACUAUGGUUGGGACACCGCUGGGCUCUCAGCUGACCCGGAGACCUUCGCCAGGAACCGUGAGCUUGAAGUUAUCCAUGCCAGGUGGGCCAUGCUCGGAGCUUUGGGAUGUGUCUUCCCUGAGCUCUUGGCCCGCAAUGGUGUCAAAUUCGGCGAGGCCGUGUGGUUCAAGGCUGGAUCCCAGAUCUUCAGCGAGGGCGGGCUUGACUACUUAGGCAACCCAAGCUUGAUCCACGCACAGAGCAUCCUUGCCAUCUGGGCUUGCCAAGUGAUCUUGAUGGGUGCCGUUGAGGGUUUCCGUAUUGCCGGUGGACCUCUCGGUGAGGUUACAGACCCACUCUACCCAGGUGGAAGUUUUGACCCAUUGGGACUUGCUGAUGAUCCAGAGGCUUUCGCUGAGUUGAAGGUGAAGGAGAUCAAGAAUGGAAGGUUGGCCAUGUUCUCAAUGUUUGGAUUCUUUGUUCAGGCCAUCGUGACCGGAAAAGGUCCAUUGGAGAACCUUGCCGACCACCUUGCCGACCCAGUCAACAACAAUGCCUGGGCCUAUGCUACAAACUUCGUCCCCGGAAAUAAAGUCGCCGGAUCCCAGAUCUUCAGCGAGGGCGGGCUUGACUACUUAGGCAACCCAAGCUUGAUCCACGCACAGAGCAUCCUUGCCAUCUGGGCCUGCCAAGUGAUCUUGAUGGGUGCCGUUGAGGGUUACCGUAUUGCCGGUGGACCUCUCGGUGAGGUUACAGACCCACUCUAUCCAGGUGGAAGCUUUGACCCAUUGGGACUUGCUGAUGAUCCAGAGGCUUUCGCUGAGUUGAAGGUGAAGGAGAUCAAGAAUGGAAGGUUGGCCAUGUUCUCAAUGUUUGGAUUCUUUGUUCAGGCCAUCGUGACCGGAAAGGGCCCAUUGGAAAACCUUGCCGACCACCUUGCCGACCCAGUCAACAACAAUGCUUGGGCUUAUGCCACAAACUUUGUCCCCGGAAAGUGAGCUUUUUUAUACCCUUGAGAACAUUGAAUGAAUAUGUGGGUGUUGAUGUAAAUUUGUUGAGAACGAGUGAAAUAAUGAAUUGAAUUUUGUGUAAUGAUGCUCAAUCUUAUGUGUUGCCCCUUUGAAAUUAUUUGAUUCAAUUUGUUAGUUUGGCGA